CUUCCCUUUACAAAAAUGAGUACUAAUAGGUAAGCGUAGCCACUGUCAGUGUGGUUCAACUAAUCUGGACCUAACUGCUAUAAAUUCUCCUUUCUCCUCCCGUCUCUCGCAAGAUAACUAGAAUUUCACCAAAAAUGAUCCCGCGAGGCAGCCAGGUCUUGGCUAAUCCAGUUCGUUUCACCGAGUGCGGAUGUUCCCCUCAUCACGUAUCUCGUCUCCUCAACGCUGUGGUAUGUUAUGGUGUGUCUUGGGAAAGAUGCCCCAGAGCCCUGGACGGCCGGAUGGUGCAAGGAGGAAAAAGGAAACGAGCAGCAAUUUAUUAAUAAGUGAAGUCGGGACUGUGCAGGGGUAUUGCAUAUGUAUGUAUAUGUAUGUACUGUAUGUACAUACAAUUGGCUGAUGCAUCUCGUCCCAGUACACGUAAAUAUCAAACGCUGCAGGUGGAUUGCAUGCAAUGGGGGAGUGCUCGUUGGCGAUUGUGCAUACUUGGAGGCCUCAAUUUGCAUCUGGAGAAUGCAAAUAACACAACACAACGCAACAGAAAAACACACCAGCCAGGACAAUGAAGGGGAAAUAAAUCUAAUAAUUUAAUUCUCGCGAGUCGCUAGAUAGCAGGCUUUUCUAGCCAUUAUCCACGUUCUAAACUUUCCUCUCUUAAUAUACCCACAGGAACACUUACUUCUCUUCCCAUUCAUUCAACUGUCCAUCCGGUCACCUUCCAUCCGGUCACCUUCCAUACGGCCCCCCCCACGAUGGAUGAUCAAUCCCUUGCCCUUACAGUGGAAUUACUUCGACAAGACGUUGCGGAAGCCUUUGAAAACCGCAAGGGCAAGCAAGUUGAAGGCGCGGCAAACGACGCAGAACUAGCGCUCCAGCUAUGGCAGGGGGAGCUUACAGAAGGCCUAGUGUUCCUUAGCGAUCGUCAAAUGGCAAAGAGCAUGGGCAGAGCUGUGGAGCAGGAUGAGCGUGCGAUCGUUGCCAUUGCGCAGGAAGAGGACACGGCUAUAAAUGAUAGACGAAUGGCGCUCAACCUGGGGGGAGGAGUCGAUGGGCAGCACGUGCCCAGGCUACAGAGGCGAGGCAGGCGGGAGUUGGACGAGAAAACGCUCCAAAGGUUUUCCCAGUUCAAUAUCGAUGGGUCUCGCGACGAUGGCGAUGAUGAUAAGGAGGGCUUUCAAGAAGAAUCCAAAAGCGAAGCUUUCGAGGUCAAAACUACGUCACGGGCUGAUAAUUCGCAGCGAGCGGUCGAUGGAGCUCAAUUUGAAAUAGCUCGAUUCGAUUGUACGUCGUGCAUGGAGUCCAAGGUCUUCUUCGACAUCAUCGAAACCUCCUGCUCCCACUACUAUUGUCGGAAAUGCGUCAGAACCCUGUUCGAGCAAUCCUUUUCCGACGAAUCGCUGUUCCCGCCCCGUUGCUGUCGUGAACCCAUUUCUCUGUCCCAAGCCUGCGGAUUCCUGGGGAAGCAAUUGGCAGAGCGUUUUGAGGAGAAAUUGGUCGAACACAACGAUGCCAACCGCACGUAUUGCUCUAAUCCCGUUUGCUCGAUAUACCUGCCUGCGAAAACUUUUGAACUCAACGUUGCGACCUGCAGGGCCUGCCAGCAUACUACCUGCGUGCUUUGUAAAAAGACCGCGCAUUCUGGGCCGUGUGCCGAUGAAAAAUCCGAGGACGCUCUUCUAGAUUUAAUCCAGACAGAGAAAUGGCAGCAGUGCUUUAGAUGCCGCAGUGUGGUUGAACUCAGGACUGGUUGCUAUCAUAUCACCUGCCGAUGCCGUGCGGAGUUCUGCUACCUUUGCGGAGCAGAGUGGAAGAACUGCAAGUGCGAGCAAUGGGAUGAUGACCGGCUCCUAGAACGGGGUCAGCAGAUUGCUCUCCGCGAACAGAGACCAGGAGAUGGGCCAGUGAGACCUGCGGACGUGAAUCGGGCAGUCGCGGUGAUUCGGGAACGUCAUGACUGCUUCCACCUCGGCCGCUGGCAACGUAUAGAUGGACGCCAUCGGUGUGAGGAAUGCAUGUUCCAGCUGCCGAAUUUCAUUCUGCAAUGUCAACAAUGUCGGCUGCGGGCUUGUGUGCGUUGUAGACACAACCGCCUCUGAGGGAGGGGUCUAUGUAUGUAUGUCCUGUACGUACAUUUACUCAGCUGUCCGCCGGUGGAACCGCGGGUGGGCGGGGGAAGAAGGAUCAUCAGAAUCGGGAAUUGCGUGUCUCAACCUCAGAUGAAUCUGGCCCGAACAUGGUCAAGGACAAAAUUGUUAUUCGGUAGUUGUGGGCUCUAUGGAACAGAAUGUAUUAUUCCAGUUAAAAUAUUUAACUACUGGGCCAGUUUUACCUAACGCUAGCAGCACUUCAAGCUGGGGAGAUGACGGAUAGAACAAAGUCUAGACUCUAAUUACGGCAGCCUAUAGUGACAUUUGGGUCAAAUUGGUAUUUUUGAUGUUUUUUAUACUAAGUGUUACCAUGUACACACACACACACACAUA